AUGAUCCGUCAUGCUCCUUGGAUUACGUCUAUAGAGACAUUUUGUUGUACGUUAGCAACGUUAUUUCCUAAAGUAUUUUGUACAUCUGUUUUGACAUGGUCAGUCUACGCUUUGAUUGUGCAUGGAUGUUAUGAUACAUUAAUGACUACACAAGAAACAUCGAUAUUUGCUAUCGCCAUUGGGUUGAUAGGACUUACACUAUACAUAUUAUGCCUAUAUACAUAUUUCAGGGUGUUGAAUGCGGGGCCCGGAUCGCCAUCAGAUUUUGAAGAAUUAAGAAUUCGUAAUAUUUUGCUGUUGUCAAAACCGAAAUAUAACUCUGCCAAUCCCUAUGAUACAAAUGACAAUAUGACAACAUCAGCUUCACUUCUUGCGAAUGCUGAGGGGGUUGAUGAGACAACGAGCGUUGAAUCGGAACAACCACCCUCUGAGUAUAUGACUUUGCAUAUGUUGAAGAGCAAUAAUUCGUCCUACAGGUACUGUACGAAAUGCAGUGUAUGGAAACCAGAUCGCUGUCACCACUGCUCGACGUGUAAUCGGUGUAUUUUAAGAAUGGACCAUCAUUGCCCUUGGUUUGCUACGUGCGUUGGAUUUUAUAACCACAAGUUCUUUGCACAAUUUCUCAUGUACGUUACAGCAUAUUCCGGAUUCGAUUUCGUGGUAAGUCUCUGGAUUCUCUGGAAAUUUUUUGCAGACGAAAAGUACAAUGACCAUUAUUUGUCGUUAAAUUUGGUAUUUUUGUUUGUGCUAAGCUUGGCAUUUUUCAUUACAGUCGGAGGCUUUCUGGCCUUCCUGUUAUAUUUACUCUGCAGAAAUAAAACAACAAUAGAAUUCCAAGAGAACAGGUGGAACUUCAAGAACGAUAAGAACGGGAAAAGCUUUCAAUAUGAAUUUGAUGGUUCAGGUAAAAAGAAGAAAUUAGGAAAUAUUUUUGAUUUGGGAUGCGGGCGUAACUGGAGAAGUAUAAUGGGACCAAGUUGGUACUACUGGUUAUUACCAGUUACAGUCACUAAGAAAUCUAUUGACGCCCGAUUAGAAAACGGCAUAAACUUUGAAAUUGAUGAAGAUGUUUACGACAGAUGGUGUUAUAACGCUCAGUUGCAGGAUCAGCUAAAUCAACAAUUGGAAGAUUACAAAAAUAGGAUAAGAAUGGAAAGAGAAGCAACCCAAACAACUGACACCAACCGAUUUUGA